AUGUCAAUAUACUCUACCCCGUUGAAAAGUGGGAUUGACUAUAGCAGGACAGUUGUCGGCUCCGAAAAUGGUUCGGUUUUGGGUGCAAACGGUACGACAAACGAUGUGAAGAGACCGUUGACAAACAACCAGGGUCCGAUGAUUGUGCCCAACUACGGCAUAGUGGCCCCCUCUACGGCAUCUAUGGGGCCUUCAACGGGUGAAGAUCACUUGAAAGUGACUGGGUUCGGUUCAAAACCUGCACUGGACCUCGCAAGUCAAUACAUCGACCACAUGCAGGAUCGCGAUUCGAGCACUCCAGUUUUGGACGAACGAUCAUACUACAAUAAUGGAGUCAAUUACAAUUUUAGUAAAGAAAUUGGUGGCCUGGGAGCGUUCACGCCCCUCGAACGCACACAGGUGAUCAACAUCCCAGAUGUUGUGCUUCGAGAAGCUGCCAAGGCCGAAAUGAAAAGCGAUAUGGGUAUUUUUACAGAGCUCAAUAGGUGCUGGAUCACUAUAGAUAACAGGCUGAUUUUGUGGGACUUGGAUCAUCCUUCGGAUCUCCAGUCCAUUGAUGACAUCAAACACACAAUUCUGUCAGUGGCUCUAGUGAAGCCCAAGCCGAACACAUUUGUGAACUCGGUUAGCCAUCUAUUGCUCAUUGCCACUCCUUUCGAUAUCUAUGUGCUUGCCAUUCAGUAUAACGCCAGUGCGAAUGAGGUGACCGUAUUCAACACUGGCAUGUGCGUGUCCGUGCAGGGCAUCGAUGUCAGCAUGUUCACAUCCUGCGAAAAAACGGGGCAGAUUUUUUUCGCUGGGAAAUCUAGUGGUACCAAUAUUUGGGAGCUACAAUACUCAGGAAGUGAAGAUUGGUUCAAUAGUAGAUGCAAUAAAGUAUGCCUCACCCAAUCUCUUUUGAGCAGCCUACUACCGACGAAUUUGAUAUCGAAGAUUCCAGGGAGCGGCUUAGUCCAAUCGCUUUUUGAAGAAAAUUCCAAUUACGUUGCCGAACACAUCGCACAAUUAUGCGUUGAUGAAUCAAGAGGCAUAUUGUACUCCUUGUCGAACAAGUCUGUUAUCCGUGCUUAUAAGAUUCAUGGAAAGCAUUUAGAAGGUCCUCUCACAAUUGAAGGGUCCUACAUCAAAAGAAUCAUUGGCACCACAUCUGCAAGAGGUGCCGCAAUUUUGGGUAACAAGUUUCUGAAGCUCUCUAAACUAGUUGUCGUGUCAGGAAAGGAAAAUAGCAAUCUCUUUUUGAUUGCCAUCACAGUUGGUGGUGUACGCAUUUAUUUCAAUGGUUCCACUACCCAGACGCAUUUGGAAGCUUUGAGAUUGGAGUCGGUGAAAUUUCCACCCAGUUCAGUAACGCCCGAGGCCUUCGAACAGGAACUGCAACAACAGCAACAAAAGAAAAAUGUGCCGUUUUAUUCCUCACUAGCAAGCUCCGAGUCGGUUAUGCUUAAAUUUCAAAAGAAAUCUUCGGUUUUGCUCGAAACGACAAAAGCGAGCACUAUCAUUUCGCCAGGUAUUUUUUUCGCACCUGUUCACAAAGUCCCGCAGCUCGAUAGUAGUGUAGCUCCACAGGAUCAAAGUAUUGACCACCAGCAGCCCUCGAAACCUUCGGUGCAUUGGCAAAAUGGAGAAGCUGCGGCGAAUACACAACUCACCGCACGUAGCAAUCAAACACAGCAUAAACUCUAUGUGUCAAUUCCAGAUUACGGUAUUUUAAAGAAACAUGGGAAGUACAUUGAGAACUCUGUACUUUUGGACACCAAGGGCAUUGUGAGACAUAUCGCCCCUAUUUCACCACUGUUCAAUGCUACUGACAAGCCAGAAGGCUACGCUAACGAAUUUGCUACUCAGUAUACCUCAUCGGAAUUCAAAGUGGCAGUUUUAACGAGCUCGACCGUCGAGAUUUACAGAUACAGGAACCCGGAUGCCGUUUUCGAGUCAUUGAUCGAGAACCCGCUACCAUUUGUAUUGAACUACGGCUUGAGUGAGGCUUGCUCAACGGCACUUUUUGUUACAUGCAAAUUUAACAAAUCAGAGGCUCUGAGAUCGAAGGCACUCACUUUCUUCACUGUAGGCUUACCAGGGGUCGCAGAUAUCAAGCCCAGGUAUAGUUCAUAUGCUUCUUCGGCAUUUAUGCCAAAAGCACCAAUGAUGUCGACACCUCAGAGACUGGUUGAUAGCGAAAAGGCAGGAUUUGGUUUCAACUCAGCUGAAGAGAGUUACAAUUUGGACGACGUGAUAUUGUCUCCACGGUUUUACGGUAUAGCCCUUUUCAUUUCGAGAUUAUUCCGGGACAUAUGGGACAGACCGAUCUUUGACAAAAACAAUGCUGCGAGAUAUGAUUUUCAAUCUAAGUUAGUGGAAAGCUCUCUGAGUGGAGAGAACCUCAUAGACUCGAUCUCCGUGAAAAAGUCGGACAUCGAUUAUUACUUAUCAUCCGUCAUGAUUCUGAAUGAUUUUUUUGACACUUAUGGUAGCACGUUAUCGAGUAUUAGCAUUCCUUCUUUCCAGACUACCAAGAAUGUUGAUCGAUAUGAAGAGGUGGCCUACCAAGCGGAAAACAUUGCCAUCAAUUCUCUGAUUAAAUUAAUCCAGUCAAUGAAAGAAGCGUUUUCGUUCUUAAACGUCUUGUUCGAAGAAAGUGAUAUUGAAGGGUUUGAGGGCCAAUACGUUGCCUUCAAAGAUAUCAUGAGGUUCUUGAAUUUGAACACUCAGACUGAUCUCUCUGCACUCAAGUACAAAGAGAUUUUCGCUCCAAAUGAGAAAACCCAGAAUCUUCUACGUGAGAUUUUGUCAUCGAUAAUCAACAGAAACAUCUCUAGAGGCGGGUCCAUCGAAUAUAUUGCAACUGCAUUACAGGAAAGAUGUGGUUCCUUUUGUUCUAGUAGCGAUAUACUUGGGUUCCGUGCGGUCGAACACUUGAGAAAAGCAAAAGAGGUUGGCCUCAGAGACUACGAGACCUCAAAUUAUCAUUUGACAACUGCUAUCAAGCUAUUCGAAAAGAUUGUGGAUAGCAUAUCAAUUGAAAGACUCAAAGAAGCGGUAUCGACAAUGAUCGAUUUGAACUAUUAUCCUGGCACUAUCAAAUUUUUACUCAACAUCGCAAAUCUAAUGGAUAAGGGCAAGUUAGCGUAUCAAUAUGUUGAUAAUGGUUACUUGGAACAGGAUUCAAGAAAACCGUUUUAUGAGAAGCGCGUCCUUGCCUACGAACUCGUUUUCGAGACCUUGGUGAAGGUGGACGAAAAGGUCGCCGGUGCCAUUGCGACAGGUGUGACGGCAAUGAACAAUAUCGAAGAACUCACCAAGUUGAAGGAAGAAAGUUACAAAACAGCCCUGAAGUAUAAUGACAAAUUGUUCCAUUAUCAGUUGUACGAUUGGCUUGUUUCUCAGAACUGUCAAGACAAACUUCUACAACUGGACACGGAUUUCAUUCUAAUGUAUCUACAAGAGCAUUCACAGAACUCGUUGGAAAUAUCAAACUUACUGUGGGUUUACGAAUCCAAGAGAUCUCACUUCUUCCCAGCUGCACAAAUAUUAUAUUCGCUAGCUAUUUCUGAGUUUGAAAUCUCUUUGGGCCAACGCAUUGAAUUCCUUUCAAGGGCGAAUGGGUUCUGCAACAGUAUGUGUCCGCCCAGCGAGCGUCAACAAAUGAUUCAAUUAGGUGGUAUGAUUCAAGAGAUAUUUGAUGUUGCCAGUGUACAGGACGAUAUUCUGGCAUUGGUUAGAAAUGAUAUCAGAAUUGCCAAGGAUACCAAGGAGGAUCUUGUAAACCAGUUAGACGGAAAAGUGUUACCUGUGAGCGACUUAUUCAACGACUACGCAGAUCCUCUAGAGUAUUAUGAAGUUUGCUUGGCAAUAUUCAGAAUUUCGGAGUUCAGAAACAACGAAGAAAUUCUCUCCAGGUGGACGGAACUAUUCAAUUCUUUGAAAAGAGAGUUGACCCAAGAAGGCUCUGUGGAUGACUCCGUCAGUUUCAUCAAUCUUCUAAAAACCGUUGUGGUGCGCGUUGGCAGAAACGUAAGAACAUCUGAAUUUGUGUUCCCGGUUGCUGACUUGUUUCCUAUGAUAUGCGAUUUGUUCCACGAAAACUUGCCACCAAAGCAUAUCAAAGAUGGGUCCAUAACUUCAAUUUUCAUUUCAGCAGGUGUUUCAUUUGAUAAAAUGUACUAUAUGCUCAAGAACUUGAUAGAAACAUCGGACUCGGUAAACAAUAUCUACAAGAAAGAGAUGGUAUGGCUUAUCAAAGAAUGGUACGAGUCUGACACCAAAUUGAGAGACUUGAUCUCUUUUGAUGAUGUUCGCACCUUGGACAACUAUAGCAUAGAAACUGAUCCAAUUCAAAUUCAAAUGACAAAAACAGGUACAAGCAUUUAA